CCUCGCUAGACAACGCAGACCCCCCACGAAGAAGAUCGUGGAAGUAAGUGUCCCUGGUAUCGGGGUGUGGUCUUCACUUCCUUGCUAUUGUUCCAAAGGUGAGUUCCCAAAAACGCUUUGAGAAACAGCGCCACCGCCCCGCAGUCAGCCUCCCAGCGAGAGAGACGCCGAAGGCCCCCUCCACGCACAGCCUGACGCUGAUGUAGCGAUCGGGACAUGAUAAGGUAGCUGGCUGUGCCGGGCAGUCAGCGUGGGGCAGGCAGGGGACCGCGGCGUGGGGAGCGGCGACAACUUCACUACUACGGGAAUAACGCUGUGCGGAGGGGGCUGGAUGCCCGACAUCGCUCUCAUCUGCCUGUUGGGUUUCUUUUUCCGCUUGGAGUUUGCCAUUUUCACUAAUUAUUACGACCUAAGAAAAGACACGCUGUUAUUAGGUUAUUGAUUUUUUAAAAAGAACACCGCCCGCAGAAGUAACAUUUGCAAGAAUCCAUCCUGUACAAAGGGACUCGCAACAUAAUGGAUAAAGAGGCUGGAUCAAAUGAAUUCAGCAACCAAGAAGAGGAGGUGCGAACGCUGUUCGUCAGCGGCCUGCCUCUGGACAUCAAGCCCCGGGAGCUGUACCUGCUCUUCAGGCCAUUUAAGGGUUACGAGGGCUCCCUGAUAAAGCUCACCUCCAAGCAGCCUGUGGGAUUUGUCAGUUUUGACAGUCGAUCGGAGGCAGAAGCAGCAAAGAACGCACUAAACGGAAUCCGCUUUGAUCCCGAGAUCCCGCAGACCUUGCGCCUAGAGUUCGCGAAAGCCAACACCAAGAUGGCCAAGAGUAAGCUGGUGGGCACUCCCAAUCCCCCCGCCUCCCGGCAGAGCCCCGGCCCUCAGUUCAUCAGCAGGGACCCUUAUGAGCUGACGGUGCCCGCUCUCUACCCCGGCGGCAUAGACGUGUGGGCGCCCUACCCCCUGUACCCCGCGGAACUGUCCCCCGGCCUCCCCGCCGCUCUCACGUACCCCUCCGGCCUGCACGCCCAGAUUCCCUGGCUCCCUCCUGCGGACGGGGUCCCUCAGGGAUGGAAGUCCAGGCAGUUCUGCUGAUAUCUGGGUUUCUGGUGUGUGAUGGCGUCCACAGUUGGUCUUGAUGGUGUUGAUCUGAUGUCCGACUGGGUGGAUACCUGAUCCAAUUAACAAUAGCGUGGACUUAUUGGCCACUGCCCCUCCCUGGGCCUCAAGACCUUCAAGACUCCUGUCCCAUCACACAUCAACCCCAUGUGCUCUCAUAGCUGUUACUCCCCAAAGAACUGUACUAGUAAUCCUUCUUAAUAUAAUAAUAAUUAUUAUUGCCAUCCUUAUUACGUAUGACAUAUUGGAGUACGACUUUGCCAAAGCAAUGUUGUACAGUUUUAGAUGCGCUAAGAAGAAUCACAGGUAUUUUUAUAUUAAGUAAUUGUUCUGAAUGUUUUAUUCUGUUGUGUGGUGCUUAAUAUUUGCGAGGUUCAUUAUUAAAAUCACUCUUCUCUGACAUGGUACUGCAGUGAAUGAGGUGUACACAAA